AAAAAAAAGACACACCAUCAAACACCAGCUACGAUGGCAAAGCCAACCCCAGUAGCACGUCUACGCCGCACUUUCCACUACCCCUCCUCGGACGACGAUGACGAUGACGACGCUUCCACAUCGCCCGCCGUCCUCGACGAGCAAGAGCAAGAAUCCCUGAUCGCCGACCUCGCCCGGCAAAACGACCGCCGCAACCAGACCACCCACCGGCUCCUCUGCGCCCUCCCGCUCCUCUCCACCCUCCCCUUCCUGCUCGACCUCUUCCUCGCCCGCGCCGGCCGCGCCCUCCCCGCCCUCGGCCUGUCGUCGCUCCUGGCCACCGGCUGGAUGCUGGCCCGCCUGGGCGUCACCGAGACCGGCUUCCCGGCCCUCGACGGCAUGUACGCCCGCGGACACGGACACGGACACGGACACGGACAUGGCCAGCUAGGUCGGAGCCGGAGCCGGAGUCGAAGCCGGCAGCGGCGACUAGGAGGAGUCGGAGGCGUAGGAGGACGAGGAGGACGAGGCGGCGGCGGCGGAAUCCUCGGCGCAUCAGUCAGCAGUGGCGCCAAGUCCCCGCUCGAGACUCACCUCCCCUGGCUCAACGUCGCCCUGGCCGCCCUGGCGCUGCUGACUGGUCUCCUGCAGCGGCUCAAGACGGGUCCUGUCGCUGCGGGCGUAAGCCCCCUGAUGCUCGGGGCGCUGCCUGGCGUCGUCUAUGCCGUCAUUAUCGGGGCCAAAGUCGUCAUGGCCGGCGUCGACCCCGAGCGGGAGCUGAGCGCGUUAAAGUAUGCCUAUAAGGGCGCAUGAACAUGAUUUCUCAUCAGUUAAAAUUUUGUAUGGCAUUGCGAGGCGUUCGUUGGGUAAAAGUGCGGCAGAUCCAAUGGGAUUGAUAUAAGCAUAUUGCGGUUUUGGCAUGACGGCGACAUGCUGCUCUUUGCUCUGAUUUCCAUCCAUGUCCCUCUGCUCGGUCCCCCGGAGAUAUGAUACGUUCAAAAUCCUUUUUAUGUACCCCCCGAACUCCCAACGCAUCA